CUGUAACCCAAGAGAUUUCUACCUAUUUGGACCCCUAUAUCUCCGGGUCCCCUCUUCCCCUCCCCCCUCUCGCUGCUACCUCCCUCCCCACUCAUAUCACGCGGGUGGAUGUAGAGCUUUAGUAGUCGGCUGCCUGGGGGAUUUGGGGAUGGGUCUGCGAAGCUAAACAGGGCAGCGCUAGAGACCCAGCUAUAAAAGGCUGGUUGGUGCAGACAGAGACCAGACAGACUGGGAGGGUGUCCCUAAGUCCUCUCAACCCUGCCCUGGGGACUCUGGGGGAGGGGAGGGGCGGGGAGUAAAGGUGGUGGCGAUGCUAUUAAACAAGGCUCACUGGGGUUCGAUAAGUGCAGUGGCUGGUGCAAUAGACCCCCUGGGACCCCACAGGCGAGCAAGACACCCCGCCCCGACAGUAUCUAUUCCUGCCCCACCCCCGCGCUCCCCCCUGCUACAGGCUCCCAGGGCCCAGCGGUCUGCCAAUAGCCCGAGGAGGUGAGGACCGACUAUUCAGCUCGCUGACUCCACUACUCCGUAAUUUCCAGCUCCCCUCCCUUCUCCCCUCCCGCUGCCCGGGUCAACCACACACUGGGCUCCCAGCUUGCCCCUGGCCCCCUCGCAGCCGCUGAGGGGUUAAGAGGGAUGAACUGGAUAACUACUUUCCAAUGGCCUCCUCUUCCUCCCUGGAACUAAGGACCCUUGGCAAUGGGCCCAGGCCCCCCAAGCAAACACUCUCACAAUGGACAUCAGCUCCAGAAGGGAAGCCUGGCCCCUCGGCCCUGCAGAGAGAGGGAAUCGAGAAUACUUGCUUUUCCGAGGAGGAGGAGGAACAAGAGACCUGUUUCAAGAACCAACAGGAGGCAAUGCCUGGCAGCUCAUCCAGUCCACACCGGGAUGGCACCUCACACCCCCGUUCCCAGAGGGACGACCUUUCUCCAAGGUCAGAAGAGGGCCUGGGGGCCGAGACUGCAAGCCACUCAGUGGACUAUGGUUUCAUCUUUGCCUUGGUCUUCUUGGUGAGUGGAAUCCUCUUGGUGGUGGUAGCCUAUGCUAUACCCCGGGAAGCCAGGGUCAACCCAGAUACAGUUUCAGCCCGGGAAAUGGAGAGGUUGGAGAUGUAUUAUGCCCGCCUGGGCUCCCACUUGGACAAGUGUAUCAUUGCUGGCUUGGGCCUCCUCACCCUGGGGGGCAUGCUGCUGUCCAUCCUGUUGAUGGUGUCCCUUGUCAAAGGGGAACUCUACCGGAGGAGGAACUUGGCUGUAUCAAGGGGCCCUCGGAAAACUUAUGGUUCUAUAAACUUGAGGAUGAGGCAACUUAAUGGAGAUGGGGCUCAGGCCCUGGUGGAAAAUGAGGUCAUCCAGGUGACAGAGACUCACCCAAUCCAUCCAGGGACCUUCCCUCCCUCAAGUAUGUGUGAUGGCACGGCCUGUGGGUAGCACAGUUGCUACUGGGGGGAGUAAGGGACAAACUGAUAGGACAGAUUUGCUGGUUCUGUCAGUGUUUAAACCCCAUCUUUACUCCCUUUGGAGAAGAUUAUUUAUGUGGACAACUGGUCCUGGAAGCUCAAGAAAAGCAAAGCUUUCAGAUUCUGGGUGGGGCUGGAGGAUAUUCUGAGGCAAUGAAAGGUAUCAUCAACAAGCUCAUUCAUGCUUAGGGUCACAAUCAGUCCAAUGGUAUUUCACUACCAGAUGAUUUCCAAGUGUGAUUCAGUGGAAAAGAACUUCAAAGUGGCUAACAGUUACCUGUGCCAUACUCUAGGCUCCAUCCUCAUGGAAGAUGAUGACUUGUAACCAGCAGUUGCUUAAUCCUCUUACCCAGCUAUCCAAAGUGAGGCAGCCAUGAUCUCCUGGCCCACCCUUACAGCAUAAAAAGCACAGGGUGGCCUUAUUUCAGAUCUUAGGGUCUAAUUUUAUGCAGUGAAAUAAGCAGUGAUUUCUUAGCAAUAGUGACUUCUUAGCAAAUAUUUCAGGGGCACAGACCUUUAAUACAAGGAGCAUGAUGUUUUGGGGGGCAUUUCUUGUGGUGAACAAGAGUUUUUCUUCUUGGCAAUACCCAUUAUGAUUCUAGGAGAAGAAAAGAAAGUUGGAUAUUGAAGUAUAAAUCCUCUCCAUACCAGCAAAAUGCCACUCUAGUUCCUUAAAGAGGGAAAAAAUGUUUUGGAAAUAUUUCCAGUAUCUAUCAAUUUAAGAGUUAAUCACACUCCCAUGCUCUGCACUUUUCAUACAGAAUUUCCCUUACCCUACUCCUACCUCCAGAUCCUUUCUGCUGAUUUUGGGAGAGAAUGACUCCAAAACUGAAAGGAACUGGAUCUUUGGAAAAAUUGAAAGUAUAUUGAGCUAGAAUGCAAGAGGCAUGCUCCUUUCUGAGCCUCUCUCAAAGGCAAAGGGCUGGAUAGAUGAAAAGCACAUUUUUUUUUGGGUAACAUGGAUAGCUUGAAGUUAGAUUUCCUGGAACUUGAAGGGUCUAGAGACAUCCUUUAGUCCAUCCAUUUUCUCCAAGCAGAAAUGCAUCCAUACUGACCCUCAAAUGAUGAAGGACCUAGAGAUGUCCUCUAGUCCUUCCCAAAGAUCUAUAAGAAAUAAAGGUGGUUCAUAAGGGAAUGGCUCUGACAGAUAAAAUAUAUAUAUAUAUAUAUACAUUUCUCUUUCUGGCUUAGGUUGUGGAGCAAGAGAUUAUUCACAGUCACAAAAUAUGAGAACUUGAAAGGGGGCUUUAUGGACCAACUACUCAAGUUCAGUUGGAUUUGGUUCUGAUAUGUAAAGUGGAUGUGGUUGACCAAGAAUGAUGCCCUGGGACAACAAAACUUUCUCCAAUGUAUAUGAGGUUUUAAAAUUUACAAUAGCAAGAGGGUUCCAAAUUCUAUCAUGACCAUGGGGUUUCAUCAAAUGCCAGUUUCUCCCUGGGUUCAACAUAGAUUGGUCAAAUCCCCCAAUUUACAGGAGUCCUAAGCUACAAUAGAAUGUGAAGUCAUUUUAACUCCUCAUGAAGGGAUAUAGACCUCUCAAUCCGACAAUAAAAAAUAAAAAUAACCAUCCCAACUGUAUGAAUUUCUGUGACAGUGAGACUUGCUUGGGGAAUAAACCUGUUAAAUCUAGAUUCAUCAAUUCAUAUCAAUUUAGCUGUGAUGAAAUGUGUUUAGGGGCUGUUUAAAGAUUAAAUCUGAGUCUUAGAGAUCUGCCUUGCAUCCUAUUGCAAAACUGCUUAAGAGAAAGCAUUUAAUGGAAUCAGGCAGUUACCUCAAAAAUAAUAAUAUAUAAUCCCUCACAUUUAGUUUGUGCUUGACUGUCACAAAGUAUUUUUACCUAUAUCUAAUUUUAUCCUCACAAUCCAUCUGUUAAUGGGUAGUGUGAGUACUAAGAGCCCCCUUUUAUUGAUAAAGAAAUUGAGGUUUAACAGAUAGGAGAGGCUGGAGAAUUCUAAGGUUCCAGCCUAUUGUCACCACCCUCCAGCUGUUUCCAUGAUAUGUCUAACGUGCUCAAAGUCAUUUGCCUGUGGGAGAUGGGAGGGGAAGAAGAGGAAGCCCCAUUGACACUGCUAGGGAAAGAACUAUGUUUUAAAGAAAACUAUAAAUUUUUUAAGUGGGUAGGAUCCUAGAAAUCAUCUAGAGUGAUUCCUUUCUUUUUAAAAAUUCAGAUCAACUUAAAAAAAAAAAACAAAAAAUGAAAAACAACCAAUACAACAUUAAAUGCCCACUAUGUUCAAGGUGGACAACUAGAUGGUGUGGCAGAUAGAAGGCUCAGCCUAGAGUUAGAAAGAUUCAUCCCCUUGAGAUCAAACCUAUCCUCAGACACUUAUUAGUUAUGCAGCCCUGACCAAAUCACUUAGCCCUAUUUGCCUCAGUUUCCUCAUUUGUAAAGUGAGCUGGAGAAGGAAAUGGCAAACUAGUACAUUAUCUUUUCCAAGAAAACUCCAAAUGAAGUCAUGAAGAAUUGGACAUGACUGAGAAGACUGAACAAGUGUUCAAGGCAUUCUGCUUUGAAUCUUGUAUCUAGGGGUACAAACAUUAAACAAACAUUAAAAUAGAAUUUUGAAUCAGAUUCUAGAGUUGGAGUCAGAAAGACCUGACUUCUAAUCCUAAUUAGAACCUAAGUUAACACUAAUUAAUUGUGUUUAUGGGCACUUAACUUAAUUUUCCUGAGCCUCAGUUUCCUCAUGCAUAAAGGGUGCCUAGCUACCUGACAACGUGGUGAAGAUCAAAUAUGUGGAAAACUCUUUUCACACCUUAAAGUAUUGUGCCAGUCCAUCAUCAUCAUCAUCAUCACAUUUUGUUGACUUAGAGAAAUUAAAUGACAAAGGUCACACAACUUGUGAUUAGCAGAGCCUAAUCACAGCAGAGCUGAAAUCUAUUCUUUUAUCUGCCAGGCAAGGGAAUGAUCUAUUACAAGCAGUUUUCAGAAGGUUAAUCUGGGAAUGGACCUUCUAGCACAAAAAUAAAAUAAGAAAUCAGAUGACUUUUCAUAAUUCCUGUGAAAACAAGUGAAUCUGUGGAAUGGUCUGUUCAGAAGUUUUUCUCACUGGGCUGAUUCACUAACAUUAUUUCCAGACUUCCCUUCCCUGUCCCCAGCCCCAGCUUCGACCACAGAGAACUCCUGCUGAACUUCUAAACCAUCUCUGCCUGUUGAAGGACUUUCCUUUCUUCUUUGAAUUCUUUCUUGACCCAGACCUAGAAUCCCCCAGGUGAAAGUAAUUUUCAGUCUAUGUUAGAAUUUCUCCAAGCACUCUUUCUUGACCCCUCUCCUCUCUCUUCCUUGGAUUACAGUUAUUUGUCUUUUCCACCUCCCCAAUAAGACUGUAAGCUCCUUGAGGGCAGUGUUUGUCCUUCAUGUUUUAGUAACCUUAGCCCCAAGUAUAAGGUAUCACCCCACAUACCAGACAUCCUUGUUUUAGAUGAGACUGCAAGUUCUUAUGUUUGAUAGAAGUUACUUAAUCCCUGACACUUCCUUUGGGCAAAGGAAGCUGAAUUUAUCUAGAGGAAGGGAGGGGGUGUCUUUUCUUUAUCUGAAUUGCCCAUGCUUGGGAUUUAGGACUACGGGGGAUUUUAGGGGUCAUCAAAUUCAAAGGAACAGAUUCAUAGAGGGAAAAUGAAGAACAUCGCAUAGGUACUAAGUGGUGGAGCCCAAAUUACCUCCAGGACCUUUGUCUCCAGAUCUGCCCUUUCUUAAUACAAAUAGCAGGUAUGUAACAUGUUUGUGGAAUUGAAUUUCUUUGUUCACUCUCCUCACCCCCACUAGGAAGAGUCUUGGGUUCACCUUGCAGUUGCCACCUCUACCAAACAUCUUUCUGGUACUCAGUGUAUCCCUUUCCCACUCAGUAGAUCUUAAAGGCUAAUGGGAAAGUGAGGGCCCAAGAAGCAGAAGGGACUAACUCACAACCACUGCUAAAUAAGUGUCUGGAGCUCUGCAGCUCAGAGCUCUCUCAUCCCCCUCUAAACUGCCUUUUAUUUUUUUAAACCUUACCUUUUAUCUUAGAAUCCAUACCAAGUAUUGGUUCCAAGGCAGAAGAGUGGUAAAGGCUAGGCAGUGGGGGUUAAAUGACUUGUUCAGGGUCACACAGUGCGGAAGUAUCUGAGGUCAAAUCGAACAAAGGACCUUCUGCCUCUCUGUCCAUUGAGGCAACUCCCUGUCCCUCUAAACUGGCUUUUAAUGGGUCCUCACCUAUUGUGUGAGGAUUCAAUUCCCUCUGGCCUCUUCUGAGUAUGAUUCUGACUCAAGUACAAUAAAGUAUUUUCUUUUUUUUUUUAAACCCA